AUGACAUCCAUUGAUUAUGAUACUUACGCCAAAACACUUAAUAGCUGGUAUAAUGACGAAGAAUUCAUUAGCUUAAGAACAGUCUCAGAGCUUUGCAAUAUCUUUGAUAAGUGUUCAUUUACCACAAAACAAUAUAAAACUACAUUUUCGAUCAUCAGUAGGAAAUUUAAUACUUCAGACGUGUUAACACUUUCCCAGCAUGCUAAGAUAGACAAUUUUGAAGAUACUCAGGCAGCUUUCGAAAUUUUGAAUUUCAUUUCAAGAAUAUUAAACCACAAUACCCUUCGUGACAUAUCAGUUUUCGUCCAAACCCAUAAAUAUCAUAGACUUAUCAAAUAUGAGAAGGGAGAGCAUGGAAAUGAUAUUUUGACUAUCAUGGGGAAUGCAGCAGUAACAUUUGAUCAUGAUGGGAUCAUAGUUGAAGAGCAGGAAUGA